AUGAGUGAAGCAGUCUGGAACUGUGUUGGAUCUCAGCGACCUAUGGUCAAGAGAUGCAAUUCACUCACGGCUUCCGCUUCGCAAAGCUCAUUGAUAGUUGAUAUUCCCUGUGAAGUUUUUAUUGAUAUUUGUAAAUUCCUUCCUCCGUUGGAUCUUUUCACACUUUCUCUUGUCUGUAAAAAUUUUCGAAAUUGGUUAGUUGCGCGUUCUAAUUUUGGAACUGAACAGAUUUGGAGAACGGCAAGAAUAAACUGGUUAACACAUCUCCGGUCGCCACCUAAUGGAAUGCCAGAACAAUGUUAUGUUUUCCUACAUUUGAUAGAAUUGGGUUGCCAAUUUUGUGGCAAUGGCAAGAUCGAUCCACAUGGCGGUUUACCAUGUGAAAUUCCAGCAAGGAUUUAUUGGUGUUUUCGCGUUCGCUGUUGUCAAAAAUGUUUAUUAGAAAGGACAGUAACUUCAAAACAGAUUAAAGAAGAGGGAAAGGUACAUAGUGACCUGCUUCGAAUACUUCCUCAUUAUUUUAAGAAUAAUCGUCCUCAUAUUUAUUGGAGGAGCCAAGUAGAAGCGGCUUAUCAAGAAUACGUGAACCUUGAUAGGAAAGAUUUUGACAAAUGGAUAUAUGAUAAAUCAAUUCAACUUGAGGAACAAAACAAGAUAGCUGCAGCUUGUGCAGGGUCAACCCAAGCAGAGUUAAAAAAAAAUCAAAUUGGAGAAAAAUUGAAAAUGUUAAUAAGAAAAUUGUCAUUGGUUGUUCCUAAUGAUGCAAACAGAACUCAACGUCAAGUGGAAGUAGAGCUUAAAAGAUGUGCUACUUAUAAAAAAUAUACUACCAAUAACAAUAACAAAGCAAAUUUUUUAAUAAGAUUAUUUAACGAAGAUCACUGGGAUCUUUUUCAAAACCUUAUAAGACAAGAGUAUGAAGAGAAGCGUAAAUAUGCUGCUUUAAGAGCACAACAAUUUGAUAUAUUUUGUAAGACAUAUUCAAUGGUUCCAGAAAAAUUUUCCAUGAAAGAUCCUAUAAUUAAAUACCUCCCGUAUUGCCGAUCUUUCAAAACGCCUUAUUGGGAUGUUACAGUACCUUUGGAAGAUAAUUUUCUCGAAAAAGAAUUAAUUCCUACUCUUUGCAAUGAAGCAGCAGCAAUUGCAAAAAGAUCGGAGAGAACGUAUCCAAUUACAACGCUAACAUAUGCACUGUCGCUAAGAAAUCGGCACCUUUUCCAUUGUAAGCUGUGUGAGAAUAUUGGAAGUCCAACGCCAGUAUUAGCCUAUAAGGAUGUUAAGUUGCAUUUACAAACUCAACAUGAUGUAAAGAAUAUUUCCAUGAAAUGGAUGACUACGAUCAAUUAUUUGGCAGUUGGCAAGAGUAUCUUAAAACGAGAUUCUCAAGUAGUUUGUUUCUUCUUUCCACUUGAUGAUUGA